CCACCCCAUUCUUCUGCACGCGAGGUUCACCUCUUCCUUGGAAGCACCAGCAAUCCUUUGCGUCUCUUGAAAGCACGAUGUUGUUCUUCUUUGGGAGAGAUUGAGAUUGAGAUUGAGAUUGAGAGAGAGAGCUGAGAGAGGGGACGGAGUUGACAGCCGGCUUUUGCAGAUCUUAAUCUACUUGGGUCUUCGCGCAUGCCUUCCUCCCGCAAGAUUCUCGUGCCCCAAGGCGCGUCUCUUCGCUGUGUCCGGCAGCCAAAUCCAUCCGCCUCCCUUCCGCAAGAUUCUCGUACCGUAACGCGUGUCUCUUCGUUGUCUCCGGCAGCCACUUGUCCAUUGCAGCAGAAUGAUGCUGCUGUCGUAGCUUCUCCAUCACUGGAUUCUAAGAUCCCAUCCACCAUAUCCGACGCCGAUCGAGCCGAAGUCACUGUAUCGCACUCCCAUAAAGGCUGCUCAUCGAGUGCGUCAUUCGGAUUUCUAGUAGUAAUCAAUCACGAUUGGUGAGUGGACUGCGGUCAACGUGGAACCAAAGAAAAAGGUGGUGCUUUUGGGGUCACUUCCUUUCGCCAAUGGCGACUCUGUUGUGGGCAGUGGCAGACGUCUCUAUCCGCCAUUGUGCGCUCGGCGCUAUCCGACCCCAUCGGCAUCGGCAUCACAUCAUUCGAUGCCCUUGCGGAUGUCUCGUUAAGGCAUCGCGUGGUUCUCUCUGGUGAUGUGGUCAUCUCUAGUUCUUUGUUCGUGCAGGGAGUUGUUUUGGGAAGAUGAUGAGCUCCAACGAAGACAACGGAGGAGGAUGGCUUAUGGAUUACGGGCUCCUGGACGACUUCCCGGCCGCCGACUACAUCUGGUCUCCUCAGUUCCUUCACGAUCCCACUGCCUCGAGGUUAUGCGAAUGUUGUUCUGCAAGGGAUAACAUGACGACCCAUUCACCGCUCAAUCCUUGAACGCUUUAUGUUUGUUGCAAUGCUUCUGACAACCGCUAAAGAUCCAUGAUGUUACUUACUUGUGAUCAUAUAUGUACAGCGCGAUCCUUGGGCUUGAGGUCGAGGUUCUGCAGGACGAGGAGGAUGCACCCCUGGAGAAACGACAUCAAGAACAUACAAGUGUUCUUCCCGUUUCGCAGAGCACGAGUGGAAUCAUCUGCUGCACCACGAACCAAGGCUUGCCGUGAGAAAUUGCGGAGAGACAGACUCAACGACAGGUUCAGAGAAUUGUGCUGUGUGUUGGAUCCCGGGAAGCCUCCCAAGGCAGACAAGCUUGCCGUUCUAAGAGACGCCACUCAUCUGCUAAUCCAAUUGCGUGUUGAAGCAAAGAAGCUGAAGGAGUCGAACGAGGCACUACAAGAUGCGAUAAAGAAUCUAAAGGCGGAGAAAUCGGAACUGAGGGAUGAGAAGACGAGGCUGAGGUGUGAGAAGGAGCAGAUGGAGCAAAUGUUUAGAGGCAUCAGCUUCACAGGUCAAUCUGCUGCGGUGCCUGCAACGAACGACAAAACCUUUGCGUAUAUGCCAAUUUGCAUGUGGCAAUGGGUACCUCCGGCAGCUUUGGACACUUCUCAGGAUCAUGUGCUACGCCCUCCUGUGGCGUAGUGCUCUAAGAGUUCUACGAGUUGAUUGCUCGGAACUCGGAAGGAAUCGAGCAUGUAAUCCCAUUCAAAGUCUGGGAUCACUUGAUGUUGUAGUGGGGAUUAAAGCUGUCGAACGAUUGCCGAAAUAGAGUAAUAGCAUAAAAAUAAAACACCAGCUUCUACA